ACCUUUCACAUUCAUACAUUUAAUCAGGGUAAAUACAAUUUAAUAUCCAAACCUUUUAUUUUAAACAAUAUAAUAGUCAAACAUUUUCGAAAACAUUCUAAUAUCCAAAUUGUCAACUUUCCGUUCGUUUGACCAUUAGUUGACACUUCAAGAAAGCUUUGUUUAGGGGAAAUUGUCACAAUACAACUUUCUUUUCUUGUUUUGGCAUUGUAGAUGACUGACUAUUUAGAUAUUCUACACCAUCAUGGUGGAGUCAUGGACUUCUCGGGUUUGGAACUACGAUAUGUUGGUGGUUUUUCAGAGAAUAUAUCGAUGGAUAUUGAUGAAGUGUCGUACUUCGAACUUUUUUGAAGUGUCAACUAACGGUCAAACAUACAGAAAGUUGACGAUUUGGAUAUUAAAUUGUUUUCGAAAAGGUUCGGCUAUUAUAUUGUUUAAAAUGAAAGGUUUGGAUAUUAAAUUGUAUUUACCCUUUAAUCAAUACAUCAAAUUACAAUACACAAAUUGAUUAACAUCAAUUUGGAGAAUCCCAACCUCCAAACUACCCCAUAGUCUCUUAUUCCCUAACCAGUGCCACACAACUGUUAGUAGUAAUUUUGCCUCACACCGUCAACUUAUCUCGAGUCAUUAGUCUAUUUUUAAUGCCCAGUCAAUGGAUGAUACCACGUCGAGACGCACUGUUAAUCCUAUAUUACAUGCAAUAGUACCUAGAAUUACUAUUGGAAAGAUAUAUAAAAUGUCGUUGGGCCAUGCGGGUUACCCAUUUCUUUAGAUAAUUUCGCUCUUAAUACAUGAUCAUUCAUGUCAGGUUGUUUGUUAUUGGGAUAGGUGGAUUUUUAGAAACCCAUCCUCCGAAGGAACCGGGCUCGAGCAACUGUACUGUCCCCAUAUCAAAUUAUACCAAAGAACUUUAGGUGUUGGAGUUCUCAAGUCAUUCAAAACCGUCUUCACAGAGAAGUUGUACAUAUGCUUUUCAUUCAAAACACUUGUUUAUUCCAGCAGAUAAACAAGCGCCCCACCUUAUCUCUGGUCUUCAAUAGCUUCUUCCAUAUACAUGAUCAACUGCUAGUAAUUGAGAGCUCUCAAAAGGAUAAACUUUAAUCAUGUAGCUGUAUUUCUUGAAUUUACGGAAUAUAAAUGACACAUUCAUAUUAGUUGUAUAUGUUAGUCCAAUAAUAAUAUUAUUAUUAUUAUGUUAUUUAAGCCAACGAUAAGAGUCGAGAGCAGAAGGCAGAAACGAACGGUGUUGAUAAGAAUCGUUCUCGCAUCCCAGUCGUCUCCUUGCCCCUCUCUUCUCCAGCGUCCGAUCCCUUCUCUUUCCUCCUUCCUUCCAUCUCCUUCUCUCGCGCCCAUUCCAUACAAACAGCCUCUCAACAACAAGGUAAGGUGAAGGUACUCUCACUCACCCACCGAAGCGAAGCGAAGCGAUCUCACUAAUAUUUCAAUUUCCCACACUUUUCUAACUCUCCCCUCUUUGCACUUGGCUGUGCUGAUGAUGAUUAUCUGUGAUUCCUGUUUUCAGCUAGGGUUUAGAUGUCGUCGGCCGACGGACUCCAGCCGGGGAGCCCCGGCGGCGGAGGCAGCCACGACAGCGGAGAUCAAAGCCCGCGCUCCUCCAACGUUCGCGAGCAGGACAGGUUUCUACCCAUCGCCAACAUCGGCCGGAUUAUGAAGAAGGCGCUCCCAGCUAACGGCAAGAUCGCAAAGGAUGCCAAGGAGACUGUUCAGGAAUGCGUCUCCGAGUUCAUCAGUUUCGUCACCAGCGAGGCCAGUGAUAAGUGCCAGAGAGAGAAGAGGAAGACCAUUAAUGGCGAUGAUUUGCUGUGGGCGAUGGCGACGUUAGGGUUUGAGGAUUAUAUCGAGCCGCUUAAGGUUUACUUGAGCAGAUACAGAGAGAUGGAGGGUGAUACCAAAGGCUCAGGCAAGGGUGGAGAUACAUCUGCUAGAAAAGAUGUCCAGCCCAGUCCAAAUGCGCAGAUUUCUCAUCAAGCCACUUUCUCACAAGGUGUUAGUUACUCAAACCCUCAGGGCCAGCAUGUGAUGGUUAAAAUGCAAGGCAGCGAGUAGAUGAUCACUUAUCCUUAACCAAUGCCAUCAUCAGCUAGAGCACACCAUUCAUGACUUCCUUUAUCCACUGAAAACAUUCGGAUUUGAGUGGGGAAACUGAUAUUUAUGUUGCUCAUUUUAGUUCUCCGUCCGUGUUAUUUCUGGGUUGGACAUGUUCCGUUAGAGUGAGUGGAUGAUGUUAGAUCGACUCAAGAAGUACUGUAAAGAUCUAGAUCUCCCUUUUUUAUUUUGUUUGCUUCCCUAUCCUGUUCUUAAGAAUUUUGUUACGUUGGUGUAACAAUCAGUUGUGUAUGAUCAGGGAUGCACCAAAUGGAUGCGACAAUUCUGUCAUUCUAUGAUUAAUAAGUGUGUCCUAGUUGAUUGUGGUCUCCCCGUUCACCUUAAUUAGCUUGCUCUAUACACCAGUUUACUGGAUCGUCAUCCUUGUGACCCAAGAAAGAAGUUUUAGAAGU